GUCCGGCGAUGCGUCUGUGGGGCGGUGCGGAACGGACUCUAAUGUAAAUACACCAGUUUUCCAGGACCAAACUUGGGCUGCUGCGUGGGAACUCCGACCCGUGCCGAGUUGUAGUAAGCCUGCAAUUGACAGGAACGCGGCUAUCCCAGUGAGCGGCUUCGUUCUGCGCCGGGACGGCUUAACCGCGCGCGGCAGUGCCCAGGAAGAACAAGAGAGAGUGUUGAAUCCUCUGGAACUGGAGUAUAAACUUAUGUCAGCCACCCUGUGGGUACUGGAAAAUCAACCCAGCCAGCUUCUCUACAAGAACAGCAAGUGCUCUGAACAGCUGAGACAUCUCUCCAGCCCUAAGUACCCCAUGUUGGAAGAUGCCAGCUACUGCUUAUGAAAGGGUAGUUUAUAAGAGCCCUUCGGAGUACCACUACAUGAAAGUCUGCUUAGAGUUUCAGGAACAUGGGGUUGGACUGAAUGGAGCCCAGUUCAAACAGCUACUUGUUUCAGCGCUGAAAGACCUGUUUGGGGAGGUUGGCGCUGCUUUACCUGUGGAUGUUCUCACUUAUGAUGAGACCACACUGUCAGCCAUCUUGAGAGUAUGCAGCAGUGGUCUGGCCAAAUUGUGGAGCUCUUUGACCCUGUUUGGAGCCUAUAAAGGCAAGAAAUGUGCCUUCAGAGUGAGUCAGGUGUCUCCCUUUCUCCUCGCGUUAUCUGGCAAUAGCAGGGAACAAGUAUUGGACUGAGCUCUUACAGUUCCAGAUACAAACACUCUCGACAGUGUCCUUAGGUGUCUACGCAGUUUGGAAACAAGCAGGCUAAAGCCCCUAUUGUUGACAUCCGGAGAUGCUGAAGAUGUGGAGUGGGCUUCAGAGGAGACUGUGGCAGCAUCGUGUGGUACCAACAGGGCAGUGUUUUCGGUGUGUGCACAUGAAAGUUGGAGACCGCGCUGAACUUAGCAGAGCCUUCACACAGCAGGACGUGGCUACCUUCUCAGAGUUAACGGGAGACGCCAAUCCUUUGCAUUUAAGUGAAGAUUUUGCAAAGCACACCAGGUUUGGAAAGACAGUUGUGCAUGGAGUUUUGAUAAAUGGACUUAUUUCAGCUCUCCUGGGCACUAAAAUGCCAGGGCCAGGCUGUGUGUUUCUUUCCCAGGAGAUUAAAUUCCCAGCUCCUUUGUAUAUUGGAGAAGUGGUUUUAGCAUCGGCAGAAGUGAAAAGGUUGAAGCAGUCUGUUGCUGUUGUUGAAGUGUCCUGCUGUGUAAUAGAAAGUAAGAAGACAGUUAUGGAAGGCUUGGUUAAAAUUAUGGUCCCAGGAGCUCCUAGAUCCUGAAAUAGAAAUGUAAAGUUGUACGUUCAGACCCUGUGCUCUUGCUAUCAGUGACUUCUGGGCAGCUGGGCUGUUGCUCUUCAAGAAGUACACGCAGAAGCCAUGUGUGGGAGAGGAGAUUUCCAGAUUAGCGCGUGGUUUGUCCAGACUUACAUGCAAGAGCUCGUCAUCUACGAGGUUUGGAUUUCUUUUUUCCAAUUAAAAAACAGUUGAGAGGGGUCGGGGAUUUAGCUCAGUGGUAGAGCGCUUGCCUAGGAAGCGCAAGGCCCUGGGUUCGGUCCCCAGCUCCAAAAAAAAGAACCAAAAAAAAAAAAAACAAAACAGUUGAGAGAGGCUGGAGAGGUGGCUUCUCAGCUAAGAACACUGGCUGCUCUUCCAGAGGAUCUGGGUUCAACUCCUAGUACCCACAUGGCGGCUCACAACUGUCUGUAACUCCAGUCUCAGGUGAUCCCACACCGUCUUCUGACCUAUGCCGAAACUACAUGCACAUGGUACACUGACGUACAUGCAGGCAAAAUACAAAUACAAUAAUAAUAAAGUCUUUUUAAAUUGA